GCCGCCUACGAGAUGCCCGCGUUCACGGCAGAGCUCCUCACCCCCUUCCCCCGGGUUGGGGUGCCCGUGAAGUUCGACAAGCUCCUCUACAACGGCCGGCAGAACUACAACCCCCAGACGGGCAUCUUCACCUGCGAGAUCCCCGGCGUCUACUACUUCGCCUACCACGUCCACUGUAAAGGGGCCAACGUGUGGGUGGCUCUGUUCAAGAACAACGAGCCGCUGAUGUACACCUACGACGAGUACAAGAAGGGCUUCCUGGACCAGGCGUCGGGCAGCGCCGUGGUCCAGCUGAGGCACGGAGACAAGGUUUACGUUCAGAUGCCCUCCGAGCAGGCGGCAGGACUCUAUGCCGGGCAGUACGUUCACUCCUCUUUUUCAGGAUAUUUAUUGUAUCCCAUGUAAAACAAAAAACAGACACACACACACACACACACACACACAAAACCAAAACCUUUCUUCUCCGCUUCAAACUUCCAUACUAGGAAAGAUGCAUUUUAUGACCAUUUCAGACCAUCUUGUACAAAAAAAUAAAAAAUAAUAAAUACAAAGUUUAACGUUAUGCACAGCUAGUUAUAAAAA